CACACCUUCCCGCCUUUCCUCUUCCGACUGCUCCAUCCCCGGCACUUCGCAGCGCCGCCGCCUCCCCGCGCCCCUGCGCCAAGGGGCCGGCGGAGCGGAGCGGGGCUGAGGCGGGCGCUGACGGCCGCCACCCGCCGGCCGCGAGAGGCGCUGCGCGGCCGCCGCCAUCUCCGCUGCCCGGAGCUCGGCGGCUGAUCGGUGCGCGGCUUCCCGGGCGAGGGAAAAGGGCCCUGUGCCGGGGCUCAGGCGACGGCUGGGCGGCGGCGCAGGCUCUCGACGGCACCAUGGGGAAGCGAGACAACCGGGUGGCUUACAUGAAUCCCAUAGCUAUGGCCAGAGCACGAGGUCCUGCCCAGAAUUCGGGACCAACCAUACAAGACUACUUGAACAGGCCAAGACCAACAUGGGAAGAAGUGAAAGAGCAACUAGAGAAGAAAAAGAAAGGAUCCAGGGCUUUGGCUGAGUUUGAAGAAAAGAUGAAUGAGAAUUGGAGGAAAGAACUGGAAAAACACAGGGAGAAAUUUCUGGGUGGAAAUGAGAGUUCCUCCAAAAAGAAAGAGAAAAAGAAAAAGGAAAAGAAGAAAUCUAAUAGGUUGUCUUCAUCUUCCUCUUCUUCAUCAAGUUCUGAUUCUUCCAGCAGUUCAUCUGAUUCAGAAGAUGAGGAUAGAAAGCAAGGGAAGAAAAGAAGGAAAAAGAAGUAUCGCUCCUCACGGAAAUCUUCAGCAAGCUCAUCUUCUGAAUCUGAGUCAGACAGCAAGGACAGCACAAAAAAGAAAAGGUCGAAAGAAGAUUAUGAAAAAGAAAAGGAAGGCAAAAAUCACCACAGGAAGAGGAAGAAAUCUGAUCGUGGUGGGCCCCUAUCAUCAGAAUCGUUCUCAGAAUCGGAUCAGGCAGAGGAGGUGCAAGCAAAGAAGAAGAAAAGCAACGAGGAAAAAGAGAAAACAGACAAAACAAAAAAGAGGAAGAAGCACAAGAAACAUGGUAAAAAGAAGAAAAAGAAGAUUGCUGGUUCCAAUUCAGAUUCAGAAUAAUACUAACAACCCUUCCCCCUUAUCCCCCCAGACUAUCAACAGAAGUGCAAUGACUAAAGGAAACUUAAACUGUGAAAUGACAGCAAACUUUACCAAACUGCAUGAGUUUUUUUCCUGUGUUUU